UGGUGUGUUUGGUCGCUUUAUCGUGUAUGUACAGUCCGCUACGUACAGAGGUCACUAUUUGACCUUUUUGUCCUUCAGUUUGACGGUUUCGCCGUUUAGAUACACUCCCUUUCCCUUGUAUCUCUCUGGAGGAUGCAUGUUUCUCAGGCUGGCGGCAAAGAGAUUCAGCUGCUGCUUGUCACAGCCUUCCAGAAUCAAAAGGGUCUGCGUAGGAGCUGUGACGGUGAUGCCGUCAGGAAUCGGGAGUCCCUGCAAGUCGCACUUUCCAAUCUUCAUCUUGACCCACUUGACACCGUCCACAUCCUCCAACAUGGCACGGUAACCAGUGCCCUGGAGUCUCAGUGUGGAGGUGUGUCCCUCAGUGACACCAAUGACGCCGUUGUUGAGUAGAGCGCGCAUGGUUCCCCAAAGCUGUUUCUGGAGCUUGUCUUCGGGCCUUUUCACAGAAACGGUAGCCCUGCCUCCAGAGCUUUGCACUUGGACAAACUCUGGCAACACAAGAUCGAUUUUUCCCUUGGGUCCCUUCACCGUGACCACUCUGUCGAGUCUUAGAGACUUGGCUCCUUUGGGCACGAAUUUCGGCACGAGCAGGUCCAUGAACUCGAACUCCACCUGUGGCGGUAUCACGACAGGCGACGAGCCGAUGUGAGAGAGCACGGGUCUGAGGCUGGAGAACCACCGAACAAAAGACAUGGUGAUAAAAUUUGAGUAUUUUGGAAACCAGCUUUGGUUGGUGUAUGGGUGAGAAAAAAAAAAAUUAGAGAAAAUAUAAUAAUAUACUAUGGUCAGGAAGCUAAAGCACCACGAGCAGCGGCUGCUCAAGAAGGUCGACUUCCUGGAUUGGAAGCAGGACCAGGGACACAGAGACACGCAGGUGAUGCGAACAUACCACGUGCAAAAUAGGGAGGACUACCACAAGUACAAUAAGAUAUGCGGAAACAUCAGAAAAAUUGCACACAAGCUCGCCCUUCUACAGCCCAACGAUCCGUUCAGAAUCAAGCACGAACAGCUGCUUCUGGACAAGCUGUACGCCAUGGGAAUUCUGGCGACGAAAAGCAAGAUAUCGGACCUGGAAAACAAGGUGACCGUCAGCGCUUUCUGCAGGAGGCGGAUCGGUGUAGUGAUGUGCCGGUUCAAGAUGGCAGAGACCAUCUCGGACGCGGUCAAAUUUGUGGAGCAGGGCCAUGUGCGAGUUGGGCCAGAUGUGAUCACCGAUCCGGCGUUCCUGGUGACCAGAAACAUGGAAGACUACUUGCAGUGGACGGACAGUUCCAAGAUCAAGCACAAUGUGCUCAAGUACAAGAACAAGAUCGACGAUUUCGACCUAAGCUGAGCUGCACAACACUGCGUCGGUCGUAUUUCAGGAUAGAUAAAUUGGGCUCGCAGCCACAGGAGCUGACCCAAAUUGGGAAAUUUACAUGUAGAGUAAAAAAGUU